GCCGGCUCUCUCUCCGGGCAUCUGGGGGAUUUCCUGGGCGGAAGCAGCAGAGGGGGUUUCCAGUGUGAUCAGCCCAGUUCUCCCCGCUGGAUCUCUGUACUGGAUCCCAGUGACUUCUCUCUCGCACGCACACAGCACCGACAGAUCCCGGAGAGCCCCCAGAAACCCGAACCGGAACCCGGACCAUGAGGAGUCCGCCUGAGGCCCGGAGGCUGAACUGCACCGGCAGGUUGACGGUUUGAAUCCCAAAGAGAUCCGCCGAGCCGAGGAACUGCUGAGCUGAGAGCUGUGGCCUGCGAAGGAGAUUCAUGUCAUGUCAGCGGGGGGGAGGAGUGCUGACGGGAGGGAAGUGCAGAUCCCCCUCCAGCAGGUGGCGCCCUCCCUGACCACGCCCCUCUCCGUGGUCCUGCCCCCCCACCGCCCAGCCAAUCCCUGGCCUCCUGGUGACCCCACCCCCUCACCAGGGGUCCCUGCUGGGUUCCUCCCUGUCCUCGGGGGGUUCAGAGACCACUUCGUGGACCCCCCAGAGUCUAAGUACUGCUGCGAGGCCUGCAGGCUGGUCCUGUGUCAGCCGCGCCAGACCGAGUGUGGACAUCGCUUCUGCCAGAGCUGCAUCAACGAAAUCCUCAGUCGUCCCAGCGUGGUGUGUCCCGCCGACAUGGAGCCUCUGUUCAAAGACAAGAUCUUUAAGGACGUGUGCUGCCAUCGGGAGAUCAUGGCGCUCAAGGUUUACUGUCGCAGCAAAGCCAACGGUUGCCAGGAGACCAUGAGCCUGCAGCAGAUACCGGAGCACCUGAAUGUGUGUGCGUUCUACGAGGUUCCCUGUCCUCUGGGGAAAUGUAAAGAGCGAAUGAUGAGGAAGGAUAUUCCCGACCACCUGAGCUGGAAGUGUAAACACCGAGAGAGCAGCUGCGACUUCUGCAAGACCAAGAUGCCUCUGACCGAGCUGCAGAAACACAAAGAGACGGUGUGUCCGGCGUUCCCGGUGUCGUGUCCCAACCUCUGCUCCUUCUCCUCGCUCCCUCGCAGCGAGCUGUCCAAUCACCAGCACGACUGUCCCAAAGCUCAGGUGUGCUGUCAGUUCCACCGCUAUGGCUGCACCUUCAAGGGGUUGAACCAGGAUCUGAGGACACACGAGUCGACGUCUGCAGCUGAACACCUGAGGAUGAUGGCCAAUAGGAACUCCUCGUUAGAGAACAAGGUGGAGGACCUUAAAGGGGAGCUGUUAGAGAGGUAUAAAGUGCUGCCAGCUCUCAGCAGCCGUCUGUCUGAUCUGGAGAAACAGAACGACGAGCUGAGAGAGAAGAACCGGCAGAUGGAGCAGAAACUGGCCACCAUGCAGAAGGUGAUGAGCUCCCACUCUGAGAAGCUUCUAGAAACAGAGCUGGAGCUGCGUUCUCUUCGUGGUCUCCGUGACGACGUGGAGACGCUGAGGGGGACGCUGGACGCCGUCAGGACCAGACUCACCUCCCUGGAGGGGGGGGGCCGUGGUGGGGCGGGGGCCACCACACACACUCUGGCCUCCCUGGAGACCCAGCUGAAUCGCCAUGACGACAUGCUGAGCGUGCACGAGAUCCGAUUGGCCGACAUGGACCUGCGUUUCCAGGUGCUGGAGACGGCGAGCUACAACGGCACGCUGAUCUGGAAGAUACGCGACUACCAGCGCAGGAAACAGGAAGCUGUCGCCGCCAAGACCCUAUCCCUGUACUCGCAGCCCUUCUACACCGGGUACUUCGGGUACCGCAUGUGUGCCCGGGUCUACCUGAACGGGGACGGCAUGGGCAAGGGCACGCACCUGUCUCUCUUCUUCGUGGUCAUGAGGGGCGAGUACGAUGCCCUGCUGCCCUGGCCCUUCAAACAGAAGGUGACCCUGAUGCUGAUGGACCAGGGUCCGACCAGGAAACAUCUCGGCGAUGCGUUCAAGCCCGACCCCAACAGUAGUAGUUUUCGGCGCCCGGUGGCCGAGAUGAACAUCGCGUCAGGAUGUCCUCUGUUCGUCUCUCAGAGUGUCCUGGAGACAGGAAGUUACAUCAGAGACGACACCAUCUUCAUCAAGGUUACCGUGGAUACGUCUGACCUCCCUGACCCGUGAUGUUGGACCCGUGUGACCUAUGACCUCGCAGCUCGCCCAGCGGAGCAAAGCAUGCUGGGAAGGAUCAGCGGCGUCUCUCUGACGGCGCCGCCGACGCACAAAGAGACAGACGGGAAGCAGCCAAUCAGAGUGGACUUUACAGAGGCCGAGGGGCGGGGCUUCUCCUGAUUGGCCGCUGUGUGUGUGUGUGUGUGAAUGGAUCAGCGCGGACGCUGUUGCUGCUCAUUACUGAUGCCGUGCAUCGAGCUUUACUUCCUGUUUGUUUACCAAGGCAUGCUGGGAAAUCCACUGCAGCCACAGAGGCGCUUGGAAAACUACAACAGACCAGAACAGACUGUCAACAACAAGAGUCACUACAAGUUCUGUUGUUGCUGCUGACAGACUCACAUUAUUAUUCUAAGUGUCUGACAACAUUAUGGGAUGGAUCCCUAC